CUCCAAAUCACCAAUGUCUUCAGCUCGUGCCAAACAGCCACAACUACUCACACUUGUUGGAAGGAAUCUAAUCCAGCCGCGAGAAGAUAUUGCACUGUCGUAACCCCCUGAAAUACCUCGUGGAGAAGACUCAAACUAGAUCCUGAAGACUUGCUCACACAAGGCUGUCUACUGUAGUCUGAUUCUGAAAGCAUCAACACUGCUGUUGCCGCUGCCAUGCACAGAUUCGUUUCCUUUGCGCUGCUAUUCUUGGGUGCCAGGUUGGCUGCUUCCCUGUUCCUGCCCGACUCCCUGCAGCUCAGGCAGCUAAUGCAACGCUACCAAGAUGAGUUGGAGCCCAACAGCACAAAUGCUGAUGCACCCAUUCGCACCCGCAGAGCCAUCCGGUGGUCGGACCGGGAAGAGAUUCUGCAACUACACAACAAAUUGAGAGGAGAAGUGUAUCCCACUGCAUCCAACAUGGAGUACAUGGUAUGGGAUGAUGAACUGGAGAAGUCAGCGACUUAUUGGGCGGAACAGUGCCAAUGGGAACACGGGCCUCAAAAUCUGCUCAUGUCCAUUGGGCAGAACCUGGCAGUGCACUGGGGCAGGUACCGAUCUCCUGUCUACCAUGUGCAGGCGUGGUAUGAUGAGGUGAAGGACUACACCUACCCUUACCCUCAUGAGUGCAAUCCCUAUUGCCCCGAGCGCUGCUCUGGACCCAUGUGUACACAUUACACCCAGCUGGUCUGGGCAACAACCAAUCGUGUGGGCUGUGCAGUGCACCAGUGUCCACGUAUGAAUGUGUGGGGUGAAAUCUGGGAGAAUGCCAUCUAUCUGGUCUGCAACUACUCGCCCAAAGGAAACUGGAUCGGCGAAGCCCCGUACCAACAAGGCCGCCCCUGCUCCCAAUGCCCACCAAGCUAUGGAGGAGGCUGCAGGGACAAACUUUGUUACAAGGGAGUCUCUGAACACCAUGAGUCUCCAGAUAUGAAUGAGGUGGAGAAGCCUCAGCAGCCCCUACAACCUCGCACUACUCCAACCAAGCCUCAGUCCAAACCCUCCACUCCUAAGAAGCUUGUAUCUACCAGACCCUCCUCACCCAAAUCUAUAAGCACCGCAUAUCUAGCUCAAAAUAUUAAGUGCGAGACAAAAAUGAGGGACAAAUGUAAAGGAGCAACCUGCAACAGGUACAACUGCCCAGCCAACUGCUUAAACAAGAAAGGGAAAGUGUGGGGGACACUCUACUAUGAUGUUCAAUCAAGUAUUUGUCGCGCUGCUAUCCACAAUGGUGUAAUCGACAACAAUGGUGGCCUUGUGGAUACCAAAAGAAAAGACAACUUCCCAUUCUUUGUAAAGGCAACCAAGAAUGGUGUCGAGUCAUUCAGUAAAUAUAAACCCGGCAAUGCAUUUAUGGUGUCAAAAGUGGAAGAGCAAACUAUAGACUGCUACACGACAGUAGCUGAGAUUUGUCCAUUCAGGCAGGCUUCCUCUCACUGCCCAAGAGUAUUCUGCCCUGCCAACUGCAUAAAUGAACCUUCAUACUGGGCUACAGUGGUCGGCACCAACAUCUACGGUGACGGUUCCAGUAUCUGCCGAGCAGCUAUCCAUGCUGGAGUGAUCAAAGCUGGCGGGGGCUAUGUGGAUGUUCUGGCUCUGGAUAAGAGGAAAAGUUAUACUGGGACCAUGAGGAAUGGCAUCCAAUCUGAGAGUAAAACCAAUACAGAAGGUGGUUCGUUUCGAGUCUUUGCUGUUCGGGAGUGAGACAGCACUGACAUUGAAAAAAAGGUCUCCUGUUUGCCCUCAAAGACAGGACAUGUCAAUGUGGAAUGCAACUUCUCCCGUCUUUCUGUCACCUUGGGAGGAAAGACACUGGCAAAGGACCUCUUUAAGUCUUCUCCAACUUAGUUUUCUAAAUUACUGUUGGUUCAAUCAGAAGACUUCCAAAGGUUUCAUACUUGUACGUUUAAAAAUGUGUUUGAUCACACAUGCAAGUCUUACCAAAAUGCAGUGCGGUCGAAAUGGUAUUUUAACAGCAGUGCUGAUUUUAAUCAUUGUUUAUAUCCUUAUUUUUCUGACAAGAAAUGUGUAUGGAUUACACUGUAUUUAAUCUGUACAUAUAAUUUGGUUUUAUAUUUUGAUUGGUCAGGUCUGUUGUGUUUCUCACUUUUUGCAUUCAUUUUAUAAUUUCUAUAGUCUGAUGAAAUUGAGGGAGGGUUAAAUGGUAGUUGAAUGUUAUGUGUCUAGUACAGUUGUUGGAAUCUGUUAGUCCUGUAGAGGAUGGGCAGAUGCUCUGCAGAGAAAUGGAAAAGGGAAGGAGGACGGAGUGAAGGCAGACCUCCAACAAAAAGAGAUCUUUCCUUUUACAAUGCAUGUGAGCCUUCCAGAGUCUACAAUGCUCAAUAUAGUCAAACUGCAAAUAAAUAUGCAAAAACAUUUCACAAUUGUUCAGUUCCAGGAGAAUUCUUAGGCACUGAGUGCAUGCAUAGACUGAUCUAUCAAUAUGGCACCUCCAUUUUUCAUGACCUAUUAUUAUGCAUCCUCUAACCCCUCCUUAGAACUGCAAAUUCUGUGGAACAGGAAGCAAAUAUUUAUGAAUGUGACACAUGAUAUGUGCCGACUCGAGCCAAACGUCUGCUAACAUAUUCCUGUUUGGUUAAACGCUAUAUACAACCCAGAGUCGGAUAUCACUGCCAAAAGCAAUUUCAUUUAAAGUUUAACUUGUGAAAUGAAAUAAAGUGCACAGUGUUGUCUUAAACAACAUUUAUACUGCCACAAAAUUUAAAGGUACUUAAAAGAAUAGAUCACCUAAAAAUGUAUACUCUUUCAUCAUUUACUAACCCUUAUGUUGUUCCAAACCUGUAUGACUUUCUUCAAUCUGUAGUCUUAGUCAUCAUUCCCUUCCAUUGCAUCAUUUUUCCAUUCAAUGAAAGAGAAAGAUGAUUGAGGCUAACAUUCUGUAUAACAUCUCCUUUUGUGUUCCACAGAAGAAAGAAAGUCAUAUGGGUUUGAAACCACAUAAAUCUGAGAAAAUGAUGACCGAAUUUCCAUUUUGGGGUGAACUAUCCCUUUAAGCUGAUUGCAUGUAAAGCCUUGCCUUAGAAAGGAAAUGGACUGCUGUCUAUAUCUACUUCUAAGCUUAAUAAGUUUUUUUAUUUGGAUAAUGUUGCAUAACCAGUUACAGAUAUUUAGACUAAAUGUAAAUGUUCUUAUACCCCAUUUAAGGGCUGCAGAGCAGCAUGAUCUCAUCUAUAGCCUUUGAAGGCUUCUGUCUUGCUGCUUUUUCUUUUCUCCACUCCCUCUUACAUAAUAUAAAUAUAUAUAUAUAUAUAUAUAAGUAUGUAUAAUUUCAUGGAAUUGGUUACCUCAGUUCUGUUGCAGCAUAACAUUUGAAUAUUAAUGUGUUUGGGGAAGUCAUACAUGUUUGUACAGGUGGAUGUAAAUAUUCUGAUAUGUGUUUUUCAUGUUAUUAUUGUUAGAAUAUAAAAGUCUAUGCCAUCUGUGCUUUAAAAAAACAGAAGAUAAUUGUUUUUUAAAUUAAAAGUUAAGACUAUAAACCUUUUACUACUAUAAACUGACUUUUGGCCUUGUGUUGACUUGAUAUUUUUUCAGGUCAUGGGUUUUAUAUGUACAAUAAUCUUCAGUGUAGAUUUAAAGGAAUAGUUCACCCAAAAAUAAAAAUCUGUCAAAAUGUA